GCAGGUAUCUGGUGGCGAGGGCUGCUGGCCCACCAUUUACGUGUGUGCAGGCACGCCGGGCCCCCGAAGAGCUAGUCGCCCCGCUGCCCAGUCCGAUCCCCCGAGAAGACUUACCUCCUCCGCUCGGCUGAACAUCGGCCGCCUACUGUGAUUACGGUCCCUUGAUGCCUAAUUGUCCUUGACGUCUCCUGGAGUGUGAGAGGCCCCCUGUAGCAACACCGGGGCGAUGGGUGACAACUUUGCCCCGAGUUUCACCAAGAAGCCCAAACUCCGCCAGGAGGAUGACGGGAACAAACUCAUCUUCGACUGCCAGCUCUCCGCCAACCCGAAACCCGAGAUCGCGUGGUUCCGGGGCGAGGAGCAGGUCCGUGAGAGCUCGAGGAUCACGAUCACCUUGAGGUCGGGAGCGAAGAAUACCCACGAUGUCCAGCUGAUCCUCGACGAUGUGGAGGAGGAGGAUGCCGGUCUCUACAAAGUCAAGGCCAAGAACAAGUACGGCGAAGUCUCUGCCUCCAUCAACCUCAACUUCAGUCCAAACGAACAGCCAACGGAAGACAAACAAAUCGACGGUCUGGCGCCAACCUUCGCUAAGAAACCCGUGAUCAAGCAAGAGGAUGGAGGGAAGCACAUCAAGUUCGAAUGCCGCGUUAUUGCUGAUCCUAAACCGACCAUCACCUGGUACCGAGAUGGAGUCAAGGUGCAAGAGUCCGCCCGGUGCAAGGUGAUCAUCGAGAAGGAUGAGAAGUCAUACUACGUAACGAUGCCGCUGAUGAACGUGACUGUGGAAGACGCCGGCAAAUACAAAGUGACGGCCAAGAACGAACUCGGGGAGAGCAGCGCCUCCAUUAGUCUGAACUUUGACAGUUCCUUUAUGAUGCUCACAGCUGAUGAUACGACACUGCCCAAGAAGGACGGAAUGAAACCCACCUUCACGGAGCGCCCCAGCAUUAGGCAGAGCGAUGACGGAAACAGCGUGAUAUUCUCCUGCAAAUGUGUUGGUGAUCCUGUCCCGACGGUUGUGUGGGAAUUCAAGGGGAAGAAGGUACGUGAAGACUCUCGCCACGUGAUGAAGGUAGAGAAGGACGGCAAGGUUAACUAUCUCGUGUCCAUGACCAUUUCGUCCGUCACCAACUCGGACGAGGGCGAGUACAAGGCCAUUGCCAGCAACAAGAUCGGCGAGGGCGUGGCUACCAUGAACCUCAACUUCGAGGGCAAGACUGAAGAUGAUAAGCCAAAGGUACCGGACGCAAGGGCCCCAAGAUUCCCCAAGAAGCCAGUGAUCCGUCAGGAGGGAGACAAGUUGGUCAUGGAGUGUGUGCUGGAGGCGAACCCGGAGCCUGAGAUCACCUGGUUCAAGGGCACGGAGACCAUCAAGGAACAGGGUCGUAUUUCCAUGUACAAGAAGAUCUGUGAGCGCGACACGUACAUAGUGUCUAUAGUCAUCUCUAAGCCGGAGGCGUCGGAUGGUGGCCAGUGGAGGUGCAAUGCCUUCAACCCACACGGAGACUCGAACGCUAACAUUUCGCUGAACUUCGAGAAGGGCAAGAUCGUACCGGAAGGAUUCGCUCCCACCUUCCUGGACAAACCCUCAAUCAUCCCUAACGAAACGGGCACUAUGAUCACCAUGAAGGUUCGUUGUAAGGCCAAGCCACAGCCCACAGUGGAGUGGUUCAAGAACGGCGUGCUGGUGGUCGCAGGAAAGCGUCUGGUCGUGAGGGAACACAAAGUCAGCUCCGAGAUGUUUGAGUACUCGUGUAUCGUGAAGGACCCGUGUGCCGAUGACGCCGGGAAGUACAAGUGCAUAGCGAUGAACCACUUCGGGGAGGCCACCGCCAAUGUGAAUCUGAACAUCGAGGCCGAGCCGGAGCCGAAGGGCCAGGCGCCGGUGUUCGUGGAGAAGCCAACCAUCAAGUUCGAGGAGAAGGCGGGACGAGUGUUGAUGGAGGCACUGGUGCGCGCUGACCCCAAGCCCACCUCCACCUGGAGCAAGAAUGGCAAGCAGCUGGACGCUUCGCGGGUCACUGCCACUGUCACGCUCGAGAAGGAGGAGCUGUACCGCAUCCGUCUGGUCCUGCGGAAGCCGCAGCCCACUGAUGGAGGCGUGUACAAGUGUAACAUUAAGAACGAAUUUGGGGAACUCAACGCCAAUCUCAACCUCAACAUUGAAGUGGCGCCUACCAUCAAGAAGCAGCCCAAGGUGAUCUCCAUCAUUAACCGGCGUGUCCUGAUCGAGUGCAUCAUCAUGUCCACCUCCAAACCCGCCUGCAACUGGUUCAGGGACACCACCAAGGUCAGACUGGACACCCGCCACUGCGUCAACAUCAACGAGGAGGGUGAGGGCAAGUACGUGGUGCAGAUGGAGAUGAUCAGGGCGGAGAAGACUGACUGCGGCAGCUACAAACUCGUGGCUAAGAACGAGAAGGGAGAAACAACAUCCAACACGGUGGAGCUCACGGAAAUUAUGCUGGAAGAGAAGAAGAAGGAGGAGGUCAAGGAGGAGAAGAAGGAGGAAAAGGAGGAAGAUAAGCCAAAGAAGAAGCCCGAAGAAGCCCCUAAGAAAAAGGAAGAAGCUCCUCAGAAAAAAGAUGAGGUCCCUGAGAAGAAGGAGAAUCCCGAGAAGAAAGAUAACCAAGGAGAAAAUCCUCAGCCCAAACCCAAAUCCAAGAGGCGAAUUUUACCAAAACCUGAAGAGAAGCACGAAAUGUUCAAUGUGUCACUCAAAAAGGUGAAGCCCAAGGAGAAGGAGGAGAAGGAGGAGGCGCAACAAGCACAGCUGAGGAAGGUCUCGGGUCAAGAAGAGAUGUUGGACCUCAAGGGCGACAAGGCAAAGCUGCGCAAAUACUCGGCCAAGGAGGAGGAGAUCAAGCUCAUGGAGGCUGAAAAGCUCAAACUUGAGAAAUAUGAAGCCAAAGAGAAACAGGCCAAACUGGAGGCCGAAAAGCUGAGCCUCGAGAAAAUGCAGAAGGUGAAGGCUGAGGAGGCUAAGGCACAGGAGGCCGAGAAGCUUAAGACCAAAAAACUGAGUCAGGAGCAGAAGGCCGUGGAGGAGGAGGAGAAGGCCAAGCUCAAAAGGGGUAAGGGUAAGCUGCCGGAUGGCACUGAAGAGAUGGAAAAGGUCGACUUGAAAAAGGUCGAGCGAGCAAAAGCCGAGGAAGAGGCGAAAAAGGGCAAAAUGGAGUUGCAGAAGAGGAAGACGAGUAGCCCAAAAAAUUCAUUGGAAGUCAACAACCCCGAGGAAGCCGAUAAAUCUCAACUUAAAAACCCCCAUAAUCCUGGAAACCCACACCCCAACAACCCCCAUGCGGACAAUCCUUCUGAGAAUCCUGGAAACCCCCACAAUCCUGGAAAUCCUAAGAACCCUGGCAAUCCCCACAACCCUGGAAACCCUAAGAACCCUGAGAAUCCUAAGAACCCUGGCAAUCCCCACAACCCUGGAAACCCUAAGAACCCUGAGAAUCCUAAGAACCCUGGCAAUCCCCACAACCCUGGAAACCCUAAGAACCCUGACAACCCUAAGAAUCCUGGAAACCCACACAACCCUGGAAACCCCAAGAACCCUGGAAACCCACACAACCCUGGGAAUCCUGAGAACCCUAAGAAUCCUGGGAACCCUCAUAACCCUGGAAAUCCUCAUAACCCUGGCAACCCUAAGAAUCCUGAAAACCCUGGGAAUCCUAAGAACCCUGGGAACCCUAAGAAGGAAGGAGCCGCAGGAAAUCCUACCUCUAAAAAUCCCGCCAAUCCCAAAGAUAAUCCAGCUAAAACCAAUCCUAAAGACGCUAAAAAUCCAAAAGCGGAUCUCACCAAACCGAAAAUCGUGGAGCCCAAGCCUUCGGAUGCUCCCAAGAUCGAAGUCAGUAAGGAAAGAACUCCGGAGCGACGGGGCUCGACGGCUGCAGGCUCAGGACCCCCCAGCAGGAGGGGGUCACUUAUUCCACCUGAAGAUGGUGCAGGUGGACGCAGACCCUCACUCAUCAUUGCAGACGAGGGGGGCCGCUCCAGGUUGCGUCCCGGCGAAGAAUUAGUGGAGCCAAGGGCGGGAAGGCUUAAGCCCGGAGAGCAGGCAGUGAAACAGCGCCGGCGUACAAGCCAAGACGUCAGGCGACCCUCUAUGCAGGACGACGAAAAGAUGGACAAGCCGAGCACUCCACUGAAGAAGAGAGGAGCCGGUGCUGCUCCUGUCAUCGUGGACGUGCCAAAAUACACAGCCGUGGAGGACCAGAACGGCUACAUCUUUCUGGUGGUGGAAGGUGAGCCUCCGUUCAAGAUUAGAUUCCUGAAGGGAGGUAUCACUGAGAUCGUGGAGGGCGGUCGCUACAAGAUCCACACAGAGGGCGAGACCAACACCGUUACCCUCUGUAUCAGGAAGACCAAGCCCAAUGAUGAGGGUCGCUACUCCGUCAAUGUCACCAACGCCCACGGUGAAGAUAAUGCCGAGAUGGAUUUGUACGUCUCAGACGCUAGCGGUAUGGACUUCCGUGCUAUGCUGAAGAAGAAGAAGUACGCAAAGUGGAAGAGGGACAACGAGGAUCCUGACUGGGGUGAUCUGAAGGAGACGGAGAAGGAAAUCAAGCCUCAACUCCGCAAGGUCGAACGGAAGCAGGAGUCAUGGAUCAAGCCCCUGGUGGAUCUGACGGUGAAGGAAGGCAAGGAGAAGAUAGCCAAGUUCGAAGGUGAAUUCUCCAAGAAGGACUCCAAGCCCAAGUGGUUCUUCAAAAAGGAUGAGCUCUUCCCAGGCUCAAAGUACAAGUUCAAGUCGGAGAAUUGCGUGCACUCCAUCAUCAUCAGCAAACCCACGGUGGAGGACAUGGGUCGCUACUCCGUGGAGUGUAUGGGCAUCUCCUGCGCCGCCAUCCUCACCGUCCAGGAGCCUGACCCUGAUUACAAGUUCGUGCGGCCGCUGCCAAAGAAGACCAGCUGCUACACCACCAAGGAGGCCACUCUGGAGGCGCAGGUCAACUCCCACAAGGCCAUCGUGCACUGGUUUUACGGGGACACUAAGAUCGAGGACAACGAGAAGUACGAGACCUACAAGGACAUGACCGGCACAGUGCGUCUCACCAUCAAGAAGGCCAGCAAGAAGGACAAGGGCAAGUACACCGCCAAGAUCUUCCGCUGUGAGAAGGAAGUGUCGGAAACAACCCUCAGUGUCGUCGACCAGCCCUUCAAGUUCACGAAGACGCUCAAGUCAAGGACGGUCACUGAGAACCACAAGGUCGUGCUGGAGUGUGAGGUGGACGAGGCUGAGGCGCCCGUUGAGUGGUACUACGGGGACAAGAAGCUCACGCCGGAUACCAAAGGAUCUCAAGGUUCCUCGUACAUCCGCACAGGCGCUCAGAGCAUCAAGAUCAUGAAGGACGGCAGGAAGAGACAGCUGGUGUUCAAGAGUAUCACAAUGGAAGAUGCUGGCAACUACAGCUGCAGAACUAACGCUGAUGAGACCGCCUGCGAGACCAUUGUGCAGUUCGAAAACAAGUUCAAGAAGCCACUGCAGGACCAGACCACUUUCGAGAAGCAGCCCGCGACCUUCGAAGUGGAGCUGGUGGACCCCGACGCACCCCUCACUUGGUUCAUCAAGGGCGAGGAAGUCAAGCCCGGUGACAACUAUGAGAUCGUGAAGAAAGGAGCCGUGCACAAGCUGAUCAUUAAGGAGGCAGCCAUGGACCACGAGGGAGAGAUCAAGGUUGUGUGCGGGAAUCUGGAGACCUCUUGCCAGCUCAGUGUAGGCGAAGGAGAGAAGCCCCCGAGCAUCAAACCUGAGGAACCCAUCGAGGGCCCCGCCAGCAAGCCCUUGACCUUCGAAGUUCCUUACACUAUCCCCGGCGCCAGGAUCUCCAAGGUGGACGCAAAGCUCCUGAAAGACGGCAAGCCACUGAGCCCCAAGGAAGUGGAGGUCAAGGUGAUGGACAAGAAGGUCGUCUAUACCAUCAAGAAGCCAAGCCGUGACCAGACUGGCAAGUACACGAUCAAGAUGUCCAACAAGGCAGGCUCCAGCACCAAGGACGUCAAGAUCAACAUGCAGGAUAAGCCAAGUCCUCCUACCAACUUCGAGGUGUCAGAAAUCUUCUCCACCUCCUGCGUGCUGACCUUCGAGCCGCCUAAGGAUGACGGUGGCCUUCCCCUCACCUACUACAGUAUUGAGAGGCAGGACUUCGCCGUCAAGGCAUCGCAUCCAAGAAUCUGGGAAAGAACAGGCGGCUGGUCGCAAGUGGCUGAGAUUCCGGCAGACGAGCCCCUCAGGUUUAAAUGUGAGGACCUCGAGAACAAGAAGCAGUACAAGUUUAAGAUCACUGUGAGCAACAAACUUGGCGCCUCUGAUCCCAACGUCCACCCCAAAGUCAUCUUAGCAAAGGAUCCCUGGGAUGAACCCGGCAAGAUCCUGCACGUGGAGGUCACUGACUGGGGUCCCAACCACGCUGACCUGCGCUGGUCCCGCCCAGAGAGUGAUGGCGGCGCUCCCAUCACUGGCUACGUCAUUGAGUACAGGACACGCGCCAUGCCCAAAAGCGGAGAUGUGGACCGAUUCUCUGACUGGGCCAUGGGUCACGAGAUCCAAGGAGACGUGCUGGAGGGCACCAUCCCCAACCUGAAGGAGGGCAACCAGUACGAAUUCAGGAUUAGGGCUGUCAACAAGGCAGGUCCUGGUGAACCGUCCGACCCUACCAAGCCCAUCCAGGCCAAACACCGCUUCGUGAAGCCAUACGUGAUCAACAAGGAGGAGUUCAGGAACAUUGUGAUCAAGAAGACACAACUGUUCAAGCUGGACGUGCGCUAUGCCGGUGAACCUGAGCCUACCGUCAUCUGGAAGAAGGAUGACAAAGAGAUCCAGCCCGAUGAGGAGGAAAGGCUCGGCGACCCAUACAACUGCCGCAGGAUCACCAUUGAGCAGUUCGAGAGGAACACAGUGCUCACCCUGAGGAAGGGCGUGAGGCCAGACACUGGCAAGUACAAGCUAUGUCUCGUCAACUCCGUGGGCGAGUGCGAGGAGGAGGCUGAUGUGGUGAUCCUGGGCAAGCCCAUGCGCCCUGAAGGUCCUCUCUUCCCUGAGGAGAUUCGCGCUGACCACGUGAAGCUCAAGUGGAAGAAGCCCAAGGAUGAUGGAGGCCUGCCCAUUGAAGGCUAUGUCAUUGAGAAGAUGGACCUGGACACAGGUGCUUGGGUGCCCGCUGGAGAGUACAUUGAUGCUCCCCAGCGAGCCACUCUGUCAGAGGACCCUUCAGCACCCCCAGAAAAGGGUCCCUCAGAAGACCAACCUAAGUCUUUGGGGUUACAAGUUCAGAUCGGUCCUGACAAGCAGGAGUUCACUGUUGAUGGCCUCACACCGAAAAAGAAGUACAAGUUCCGUGUGAAAGCCGUCAACAAAGAGGGAGAGUCUGAGCCUCUGGAGAAUGAUGAGCCAGUCACAGCUCGCAACCCUUACGAUGAACCGGGUCGUCCUGGCAAACCCGAAAUCAUCGACUACGAUAACACGAUGGUGGUGCUGCGCUGGACACCCCCAGAGAAGGACGGUGGCCGCCCCAUCACACACUACCACGUUGAGAUGAAGGACAAGCACUCCCUGGAAUGGAAGGAAGUUGUGCAGACCAAGGACACCAACUGUGAGGCGCAGGUGCCCGGCCUGAAGGAGGGAACCAUCUACAGCUUCCGAGUGCGUGCUGCUAACAAGGCUGGUGUUGGUGAGGCUUCAGAACCCACCGACAACCACAAGUGCAAACAUAAGAACUUGAAGCCUCGCAUUGAUCGCACCAACUUCAAGUCUGUGACCAUCAAGGUAGGACGCAGCCACAAAUGGGCGGUAGACUACAUUGGUGAACCAGACCCAGAUGUGGAAUGGAUCUUCAAGGAGAGUGUGGUGUCCUGCUCUGACCGCAUCAACAUUGAGAACACCGACCACCACACUGAGUUCUCUGUCACUAAUGCCAAGAGGAAGGAUGCUGGACUGUACACUCUGAAGAUUGAGAACCGCAAUGGCAAGGAUACUGAGACCGUGGAGCUGGUGGUGCUGGGCAAACCAGCCAAGUGCCAGGGCCCUCUUGACGUGUCCAACAUUCAUGACACUGGCUGCACCCUCAAGUGGGAAGAGCCGAAGGAUGACGGUGGCCUGCCCAUCAAGGAGUACGAGAUUGAGAAGAUGGAUCUGGCAACCGGCAAGUGGAUCCGAUGUGGCAAGUGCCCUGGUGCUGUUGUUCCUCCCUUCUUCAAUGUGGAGGGACUUGAGCCUGGCCACCAGUACAAGUUCCGAGUCACUGCCGUCAACGAUGAGGGUGACUCAGAGCCUCUGGAGGCUGACCAAGCCAUCCUAGCCAAGAAUCCCUUCGAUGUUCCCAAGGCUCCUGGCCGUCCAGAGAUCAUCGACUAUGACAACAAGUCCGUUGAUCUGAAGUGGACUGUGCCUGAGUCUGACGGUGGUGCACCAAUCAUGAAGUACAUUGUGCAGAAGAAGGACAGGUACAUGCCUGACUGGGAGGCUGCUGCCGAGGUGAAGCAGGAUGUUACCAAGCCGCUCAAACCCGGCGACACCGUGGAGACCAAGGUGGGCGGCCUCAAGCACCGUGCUGAGUACCAGUUCAGGGUGAUUGCUGUCAACAAGGCUGGAAACUCACCUGAAUCAGAGGCCACAGACUACCAUCUGGUGAAACAUCGUGCCCUCAAGCCUCGCAUCGACCGCACUAACCUCAAGCAGACCACAAUCAAGGCUGGACGCAAUGUAAAGCUUGAUGUCAACGUGGAGGGAGAGCCUGCACCAACCAUUCAGUGGAUUUUCAUGGAGAAGGAGGUGCAGGAGACUAAUGUGGAGAUCAUCAAUGUGGACUACAACACCAAGUUCAACAUUGUCGACGCCAAGAGGAAGCAGAGUGGAACUUACAAGAUCAUUGCCACCAACCAGCAUGGCAAAGACGAGGCUGAAGUGGAGAUUGUCAUCCUCUCUGGCCCCUCGAAACCUAAAGGUCCUCUCAAGGUUUCCAAUGUCACCAAGAAGAGCUGCAAACUCAAGUGGGAGAAGCCUGAUGAUGAUGGUGGCCUUCCCAUCAAGGAGUACCUGGUGGAGAAGCAGGACCCCAUCACUGGCCGCUGGGUUCCCGUUGGCAGGACCAAGGACACCAACAUGGACGUUCCAGGGCUGCAGGAGGGCAAGGAGUACAUGUUCCGUGUGAAGGCCGUCAACGAUGAGGGAGAAUCUGAGCCUCUUGAGACCGACCACGCUGUCUUGGCUAAGGAUCCCUUCAGUAUCCCAGGCAAACCAGGCACCCCAGACAUUGUGGACUGGGAUGUGGAUCGUGUUGACCUCAAGUGGGACCCUCCUAAGGACACUGGUGGCGCUCCCAUCACCAAAUACAUCAUUGAGAAGAAGGAACGCUAUGGAUCUUGGGAGCCUAUCCAUGAAUCAGAGGGCCCCAAGACAGAGUGCAGAGUGCCUGGCCUGAAGGAGGGCAACACCUACCAGUUCCGUGUGGUGGCCGUCAACAAGGCUGGUCCCGGCGAGCCUUCUGACUCCACCAAGCCUCAUGUAGCCAAGGCCAGAUUCCUGAAGCCUCACAUCAACCGUGACAAGCUGAAGAAGAUUGUCAUUCGAGCCUCCAAGAAGAUACACUUGGAGGUUGACGUCAAGGGUGAACCUCCUCCAGAGAUCACUUGGUCCCUGAAGAACAAGAAGGUGGAGACUGGUGGGAACUACAUCAUACAGGGUGAAGACUACCUCACCAAGAUCACCAUCAAUGACUGUGAGAGGCGUCACACCGGCAUCUACAAGAUCCAUGCCAAGAAUGAUUCAGGCACUGAUGAGGCUGACCUGGAGAUUGUGGUGCUGGACCGCCCUGCCAGGCCUGAAGGUCCCCUGGAGGUGUCUGAUGUGCACAAGGAGGGCUGUAAACUCAAGUGGGAGAAGCCCAAGGAUGACGGUGGCCUUCCCAUUGAUGGCUAUGUGGUGGAGAAGAUGGAUGUCACCACAGGCCGCUGGGUGCCAUGUGGCCGCACUGAUGGGGAUAACCCAGAGCUGGAGGUGACUGGCCUGGAGCCGGGACACAAGUAUGAGUUCCGUGUGAAGGCCGUCAAUGAUGAGGGAGAGUCUGACCCUCUGGAUGGCGACCGUGCUAUCCUUGCCAAGGAUCCAUUUGACAAACCUGGACCUCCCGGCUUGCCUGAGAUUGUGGACUUUGAUGAGAACUCUGUGAAGCUCAAGUGGGACCCACCAAUCAGGGACGGUGGUGCUCCCAUCACUGGCUACGUGCUGGAGAUGAAGCCUAAGGAUGGUGAUAAAUUUGAAGAGGUGGGCAAGAUCAAGGGCAACACCUGUGAGGGCCCCAUCAAUGGCUUGAAGGAGGGUGAGAAGUAUGAGUUCCGUGUCAGAGCUGUCAACAAGGCUGGCGUUGGUGAUCCCUCAGACACUACCCUGCCACACACUGCCCGCGCCCGCUAUCGCAAGCCACGCAUUGACCGUACCAAUGUCAAGGACAUAAUCUUGAAGGUUGGCCAGCAGCACCUGUACGACAUUGACAUCAUUGGUGAGCCAAAGCCAUCCACCGAAUGGACCGUUGAGGGCAAGAACGCCAAGGUCCUCCUCUCUUUCGAGCAGGAAGUUAACUCGACUGAAGUAAUGAGGGUGGACUCUACCGGUAACAACACCAAGGUGCUCAUCCUUAAGGCACGAAGGGAAAUGACCGGCAAGUACGUGCUCAAGGCCAAGAACAAGCACGGCGAGGACUCUGUGCAAAUUGAUGUCACUGUCCUUGGACCACCUAGCAGGCCUGAGGGACCCCUAGAGGUGACUGAUGUCAAGGCAAAUGGAUGCAAACUCAAGUGGGACAAACCAGAAGAUGAUGGUGGUCUUCCAAUUGAUCAUUAUGAGAUUGAGAAGCUGGACCCCUUGACUGGCCAAUGGAUGCCUUGUGGAGAGUCCAAGACACCUGAGUUUGAUGUGACGGGUCUGCAGGAGGGCAAGAAGUACAAGUUCAGGGUGAAGGCUGUCAAUCCUGAGGGAGAAUCUGAACCUCUGGAAGCUGACAAGGCCAUCAUUGCCAAGAAUCCCUACGAUCCUCCUGGCAAGCCAGGCAGGCCUGAGGUGAAGGAUUAUGACAGGACAUGGUGUGAACUGAAGUGGAAGGCUCCUGAUGAAGACGGCGGUGCCCCCAUCACCAGCUACAUCAUUGAGCGCAAAGACAAGUUCUCUGCUAAGUGGGUGAAGCACUGUGACACCAAGAGCAACAAGCCAGAGUUCAAGGUGCAGGACCUGACAGAGGGCGAGACUUACCAGUUCCGUGUCAAGGCUGUCAACAAGGCUGGCCAGAGCAAGCCAUCUGAGCCAAGUGACAACUUCACUGCAAAGGCCAAGUUCUUGAAGCCCCACAUUGACCGCAGCAACUUGGAGAACAUAACUGUGCGUGCUGGACAGAUGAUUAAGUUUGAUGCUAAGGUGACCGGUGAGCCAGUGCCCAAGAAGACCUGGUUCAUCAACAAGGCCAGACAGGACAAGGACAAUGAUGAGGUGAAGAUUGACGAGGAGGACCACCGCACCAAGAUUGUCAUCUCAAGCUGCACCAGGGCUCACAAUGGCACCUUUGUCAUCAAGGCAGAGAACUCUGCUGGCAAGGAUGAGGUUGCUAUUGAAGUGACAGUGCUUGACAAGCCUGGGAAGCCUGAAGGUCCCCUGAAGGUGUCUGAUGUGCAUAAGGAAGGCUGCACACUCAAGUGGAAGGAACCCCUGGAUGAUGGCGGUGCUCCUGUUGAGCAGUACAUUGUGGAAAAGCUGGACACAGAGACUGGCCGUUGGGUGCCUGUUGGCAGGUGCCGUGAGCCCUGCAUGGAGGUUGAGAACUUGGAGCCCAACCAUGAAUACAAGUUCCGUGUGUCAGCCAUCAACAGUGAGGGUGAGUCUGAGCCUCUUGAGGGCCUGGACACCAUUGUGGCCAAGAAUCCCUUCGAUCCACCUGAUCCACCAGGCAAGCCUGAAGCCACCGACUGGGACAAGGACUUUGUGGAGCUCAAGUGGCCCAAGCCUGCCAAGGACAAUGGUGCCCCCAUCACCGGCUAUAUCGUUGAGAAGCGCGAUGAGGCUACCGGCCGCUGGGUGAAGGCUGCCGAGGUGAAGGGCGACAGACCCCAGGCCCGUGUGGAGGACCUGGAUGAGGGCGAGACCUACGAGUUCAGGGUGAGGGCGGUCAAUGAGGCUGGCCCUUCAGAUCCCUCUGAGGCCAGCAAGCCCAUCACCUGCAAACCCAGGAAGUUGAAGCCAAGGAUUGACCGCCGCAACCUGAGGGACAUCACCGUGAGGGAAGGAGAGCCAAUCCUUCUGGAUGUCAAGGUGAUUGGUGAGCCGCCGCCAGAUGUGGAGUGGUACCAAGGCAACAAGAUUGUGCAGGAGACCAGGAAUGUGCGUGUUGAGAAUGUUCCUUACAACACCAAGUACAUCAAUGAUGAGCCUCUGCGUAAGCAUACUGGAGUGUACAAGAUUGUGGCCACCAACCAGUACGGCAAAGACGAGGCCGAGGUCAACAUCACCAUCAUCUCCAAGCCCAGCAAGCCUGAAGGACCCCUGGAGGUGAAGGAUAUCCAUAAGGAAGGCUGCAAGCUGAAGUGGAAGCCUCCUAAGGAUGACGGUGGUCUGCCUGUGGAAGGAUAUGUGGUGGAGAAGUUUGAUCCUGACAUGGGUCUGUGGCUGCCAGUAGGCAAGACCUCCACACCUGACAUGGAGGUGACAGACCUGACACCAGGCCACGAGUAUGAGUUCCGUGUGAAGGCCGUCAAAGAGGGUGAGUCUGAGCCACUGGUCACUCUGGCUCCCAUUGUUGCCAAGGAUCCCUUCGGUGUGCCAGGCCGUCCCGGCAUCCCAGAACCCACUGACUGGGACGCCAACCGCAUUGACCUCAAGUGGCCCAUGCCUGUGGAUGAUGGUGGUGCUGCUAUCUCCCACUACAUCAUUGAGAAGCGUGAUAAAUACACGAACCUUUGGGAGAAGGCUGUGGAGACCGACACUCCUGAAUGCAAGGGCAUUGUACCUAACCUGAUCGAGGGAAUGGAAUACCAGUUCCGCAUCAUUGCCGUCAACCGUGCUGGUCCUGGCGACCCAUCAGACCCAUGCCGACCCAUUGUUGCCAAGCCUCGAUUCUUGGCACCCAAGAUUGACCGCAAGAACCUGCGUGAUGUCACCAUCUCAGCCGGCUCCAUGCUGAAGUAUGACUGUGAUAUCAGUGGAGAACCACCUCCAACUUCAUCCUGGACCUUUGAUGGCCAGAAGCUGGAUUCCAACAGGCAUGUCAACAUCACCACUUCUGAGUACAACUCCAAGCUGGUGAUCCGCGACACCGUGCGUGGUGACACUGGUGAAUAUGUCAUCACUGCCACCAAUAGCUCUGGCAAGGACAAGGUGACAGUGCGUGUGACCAUCACAGACAAGCCUGACAAGCCUGAAGGCCCCGUCAAGGUGUCUGAUGUCCAUGGCAGUGGCUGCAAGUUGAAGUGGAAGCGCCCCAAGGAUGAUGGUGGUACCCCAAUUGAGUACUACCAGGUAGAGAAGCUGGAUCCUAACACUGGCCUGUGGGUCCCUGUUGCCCGCACCAAUGGCCCUGAGCCAGGUGUGGAGCUCAAUAACCUCUCACCUGGAACAGAGUAUGAAUUCCGUGUGAAGGCUGUCAAUGCCGAGGGAGAGUCUGCUCCUCUGUAUGCUGACGAACCUGUGCUGGCUAAGGAUCCUUAUGAGGAGCCUAGCAAACCUGAGAAUCUGCAGGUGGCUGACUACAAUGAGAACAAGGUGGAUCUCAAGUGGGACAAGCCCAAGACUGACGGCGGUGCCCCCAUUGAGAAGUACAUCAUUGAGAAGAAGGACAAGUAUGGUGGAUGGGACAAGGCAUGUGAGGUGCCAGCCAACCAGACCAGCUGCUCUGUGCCGGAUCUCAUUGAAGGUGAAACCUAUGAGUUCCGUGUGAGGGCAGUCAACCCUGCCGGCCCCAGCCUGCCAUCCAAUGUCACGGAGCCAGUGACCGUCAAGGCCAAGAACUUGGCACCCAAGAUUGACCGCACUAACCUGCAGCCGGUACGCAUCAAGGCUGGCCAGAGCUUUAACUUUGAUGUGAAUGUUACUGGUGAGCCUGCUCCAGAAAAGAAGUGGUUCCUCAAGAAGAAGGAAAUCAAGUCUGCUGGUGUGACCAGCAUCCGUUUUAGCGAUUACAACACAAAGCUGCGUGUGACGGGCGCGUCAAGGUCUGAGAGCGGCACUUACACUCUCACAGCUGAGAACGACAGUGGCAAAGACUCUGCUGAUGUGGAAGUCAUUGUCCUUGAUCGUCCAACGGCUCCCAACGGCCCUCUGAAGGUGUCUGAAGUGUAUGCCGAGGGCUGCAAACUGGACUGGAACCCACCUGCUGAUGAUGGUGGCUGCCCCAUUGACCACUAUGCCAUUGAGCAGCUGGAUGAGGCCACUGGACGCUGGGUGCCUGCAGGAGAGACAGCUGGAAAGGAGACCACCUUUAACGUGGAAGGUCUCACUCCUGGACACAAGUACAAGUUCCGUGUGAAGGCUGUGAACCGUCUUGGCCAGUCUGACCCACUGACUGCCCAGCAGGCUAUUGAGGCAAAGAACCCAUAUGAUCCACCUGGCAUGCCCAAGGAUGUCCAGAUUGCCGACUUUGAUGCUGACUUUGUGGACCUGACCUGGAAGAAGCCCGAGGGAGAUGGUGGCUCCCCUAUUACUGGCUACAUCAUUGAAAAGAGAGACAGAUAUAGCCCACUAUGGGACAAGUGUGCCACCGUGGAGGGUGACCAGUGUAGUGCCCACAUUCCUGACCUCAUGGAAGGAAAUGUCUACGAGUUCCGUGUGGUGGCUGUCAACAAGGCAGGUCCUGGUGAACCCUCAGAACCAACCAAGCCACACGUUGCCCGGCCCAAGAACCUUCCUCCUCGCAUUGACCGUAAUGCCAUGAUGGACGUGAAGGUCAAGGCCGGAGAAAACCUGAACCUGCCAGUGCCAGUAAUUGGUGAGCCUCCUGCCACCAAGCAGUGGCGCGUCAAGGACAUGGACCUCUACCCCUCAGCCAACCUCAUCAUCAUCAAUGAGGACUACUGUACCACCAUCAAGAUCACAGACUGCAAGCGAGGCGACAGUGGUGCCUACACACUCAAUGCUCGCAACAAGAAUGGCGAGGACACCUGCACUGUCAACAUUACUGUCCUGGACACUCCUGGUGCUCCUGAAGGUCCACUCAAGUACUCUGAUGUCAACCGCAGUGGCUGCACAGUCAGCUGGAAGCCACCCAAGGAUGACGGUGGUUCUGACAUCACAGGCUAUGUGGUGGAGAAGAUGGACAUGGACACUUACCGCUGGGUACCAGUCGGUGAGGUCAAGGGCACCAGCCUGCAUGUUGAUAAUCUCAUUGAGGGACAUGACUACAAGUUCCGUGUGUCGGCCCUCAACCGUCAAGGCCAGGGACCAGCACUCACAGGAACUGACACCAUCACAGCCAAGGAUCCCUUCAGCAAGCCCACCAAGCCAGGCUCUCCUGAAGUCAUGGACUGGGACAAGGACCGUGUUGAUCUGCAAUGGACUGAGCCACGCUCAGAUGGUGGAGCUCCCAUCACCAGCUACAUCAUUGAGAAGAAGAAACGCUUUGGUCCAUGGGAAAAGGCAGUGGAGAUCCCAGCCAAGCAUGGCCCCAAGGCUUCUGUACCAGACCUGGAGGAGGGUGAGGAAUACCAGUUCCGUAUCAUUGCUGUCAACAAGGCUGGAAACUCUGAGCCCUCAGAAGCCUCACAACCAGUGGUGUGCAAGGCACGCUUUGAGAAGCCUUCCUUUGACGGCAAGUCUCUGGAGGAUCAGAUCAUCAAGGUCAACACUCGCCUCAACUACACUGUGCCCAUCCGUGGUGCCCCCAAGCCCAAGGUCUCCUGGACUGUAAAUGAAGAGGCUCUCCUCGAGUCCAAGCGCGUUGACUUGCAGACCUAUGGCAAGCAGACAAUCCUGGACAUUCCUUUCGCCCAGCGGUCUGACAGUGGUCGCUACACCAUCACGCUGGAGAAUGAACUGGGCAAGGUGUCUGCCUCUGCUAAGGUGACCGUACUGGACAAACCUGCACCUCCUGGAGGUCCUCUCAUUGUGAGCGAUGUCACCCGUGAGAGCUGCAAGCUGGGUUACAAGACUCCUGCUGAUGAUGGCGGCUCUCCCAUCCUCCACUACCUGGUGGAAAAGAUGGACAUGUCCCGUGGCACUUGGACAGAGGUGACUGAGGUGUCUGGCCUGACAGCUGAUGUGUACAACUUGGUGCACAUGAAGGAAUAUCACUUCAGGGUCAAGGCUGUCAAUGCUAUUGGAGAGUCUGAACCACUCACCACUGACAAGAGCAUCAUUGCCAAGAAUGCCAAAGAUGAGCCAAGCCCUCCUGGCCGCCCCAAGGUGGUGGACUGGGACAAGGACCAUGUGGACCUGGAAUGGACCCCACCCCCCAGCGAUGGUGGUGCUCCCAUUUCUGGGUACAUCAUCCAGAAGAAGGAACGUGGCUCACCAUAUUGGCAGAAUGCUGUGAAGCUGACUGGUCCAGAGACUAAGGGCACAGUCCCCAAUCUGACCGAGGGACAGGAGUAUGAGUUCCGUGUCGUGGCUGUCAACAACGUUGGUAACUCUGAGCCUUCUGAGCCUUCAGAUGCUGUGGUGUGCCGCCCACGACACUUGAAGCCCAAGAUCCUGGGGCCGCUGCACGACAUCCGCAUCAAGGCUGGCCAGGUGCUGCACGUGGAUGUGGACUACAUUGGCGAGCCGCAGCCCAGCGUGUUCUGGUACAAUGAUGACAAGGAACUGCUGGCUGAUGUGCGCACCACCAUCACCGCCAUCAACAACCACAGUGUCUUCCACGCCGUCAACACCACCCGAGGAGAUUCUGGCCAAUACAAGAUCCGCCUGAAGAAUGACAGCGGUGAGGAUCAGGGAACCUUCAACGUUAUCGUGUUGGACACCCCAGGAGCCCCUGAAGGACCUCUCAACUAUGAUGAGAUCCAGGCCAACAGCGUGGACAUCUCCUGGAACCCACCAAAGGAUGACGGUGGCAGCCCCAUCACUGGCUAUGUCAUUGAGAAGAGGGACAUCACCCAUGGCGGAGGCUGGGUGCCUGCUGUCAACUGGGUGGAUCCUAAGGAUACUCAUGCCACGGUGCCUCGCCUCCUGGAGGGCACUCAGUAUGAGUUCCGAGUCAGGGCUGAGAACAUGCAGGGCACUGGUGAACCCUUGGUGUCAGACAAACCUGUCACUGCUAAGGCCUCUGCUGAUGUUCCUGGCCAGCCUGGUAAACCCACCUGCACAGAUUCUGACAAGGACUUCAUCAAGAUCCACUGGUCUGCACCACGCUCCACUGGUGGCUCCCCCAUCACUGGCUAUGAUGUGGAGCGCUGUGGCAUCCAUUCUGGACGCUGGAAGAAGGUCAACCGUGCUCCAGUCAAGGGAACAGACUUUGUUGAUGACACAGUGUCUGAGGGCGAGCAGUACCAGUACCGUAUUGUGGCCAACAACAAGAUGGGUCCUUCCAAUCCUUCAGAUCCUUCACAGCCCAUUGCUGCCAAGCCCAUGAAGGAUGCUCCCAAGCUGUACCUGGAUGGUCUGCUGGGCAAGAAGCUCAAGGUGCGUGCUGGAGAACCAAUUGACAUCAAGAUACCAAUGUCUGGUGCACCCCAGCCUGCAUGCGAGUGGUCCAAGGGGAAGACGAAGAUCGAACCCAGCAAGAGGACCUCGCUGGAGACAACCCCCGACCACUGCCGCCUCUUCGUGGACAAGGCACGUAGAGAGGACUCUGGCAGCUACACCAUCACUGCAGAGAACCCCUACGGCAAGGACUCUGCCAGCAUUGAGGUCAUUGUGGUGGACAAGCCUGGACCCCCUCAAGGACCACUGGAACCCACUGAGGUCACUGCCCACACUGUCUCCCUGUCCUGGAAGCCACCUGUAGAUAAUGGUGGAGCAGAGGUCACUGGUUACGUGGUGGAGAAGACCGAGGCCAACUAUGACAUGUGGAAGGUUGUACCUGGCUACUGCCCCAAGACCAACUUCACUGUCAAGGGUCUUGAGGAAGGAAAGAAGUACCGCUUCCGUGUCCGUGCUGAGAAUAUGUAUGGUGUGUCGGAGCCUCUUGAGGGCGCUCCAGUGGAGGCCAAGAAUCCCUUCGAUGCACCAGACUCUCCAGACAAGCCCGAGAUCGAGGGUUACAGCCCAACCUCCUGCCAGCUCGUCUGGAAACCACCAGAGAACAAUGGUGGCCGCCCAGUCACUGGCUAUAUCAUCGAGAAGAGGGACAGAGGUGGCGACUGGAUAAGGGUGAACCACUACCCAACCCCCAACACCCAAUACAAUGUGACGGGCCUGACCGAGGGCAACCGCUACGAGUUCCGUGUUGUGGCAGUGAACGAGGCAGGACCUGGAAAGCCUAGCAGGCCAUCUGAUGCCAUUGUGGCUAAGGUUCCCAAGUACCUGCCCACUGCCCCUGAGGCACCACGCCCAGAUCGCAUUGGCCGCAACUGCGUGACACUGUCAUGGCGUCCACCAGCUCAGGAUGGUGGUGCCAGGAUCAAGGGCUACCUGGUGGAGUACCGCCAGAAGGACGAGGAUGAAUGGACUCCCGCCAAUAGCCUGCCUCACCCAGACCCAACCUACACUGUGCUUGGCCUGAAUGAGCAGGAUGAGUACUACUUCAGGGUGAUUGCUGUCAAUGAGGUUGGUCAGUCUCCUCCCUCAAGGCCAUCUCCUCUCAUCAAGAUUGAGGAACAGGCCAACAAGCCACGCAUUGACUUGAGUGGCAUCCGCGACAUCACAGUGAAGGCAGGAGAGGACUUCUCUAUCCACGUGCCAUACACUGCAUUCCCCAAGCCAACCUCUACCUGGUACCAUGACGAUGAGGACAUCAAGAUUGACCAGGAUCCACGCAUGCACGAACAGCUCACCGACGAUUUCUGUGCCAUGAUUGUCACCAAUGCCAAGCGCAGCGACACUGGUCCAUACAAGCUGCGACUCCAGAACCCAUCCGGUUUCGACACCGUGUCUGUCAAUGUUAAGGUGCUGGACCGCCCCGCACCACCAGAGAACCUCCGUGCAGACGAGUUCAAUGGUGAUGCUCUCACUUUGUUCUGGAAUCCUCCCAAGGACAAUGGUGGAGGAGAUAUCACCAAUUACGUGGUGGAGAAGCGCGAGCCUAAGGGCGCCUGGGUGAAGGUGAGCAGUUACGCCACCGCUCCCUUCCUGCGCAUCCGCAACCUGACUGUCAACAAGGAGUACGAGUUCCGCGUAAUGGCAGAGAAUAUGUACGGCCAGUCAGACCCAUGCACCUCCCCAACACCCAUCAGGGCCAGGCAUCCCUUCGAUCCUCCCGGUGCCCCUGGAGCUCCACGUGGUCUGGAAUCCACCGAGGACUCCAUCACCAUCCAAUGGACAAAACCACGACAUGAUGGUGGUGCUUACAUCCAGGGCUACAUUGUGGAGAAGAGGAUAGUGGGCGAUCUGGCCUGGAGCAGAGCCUCUCAUGCCAUGGUGAAGGACACAACCUACCGUGUCAUCAACCUCACAGAGCACCAGGAAUAUGAGUUCCGUGUUGCUGCUGUCAAUGCCGCUGGCCAGGGUCCAUGGAGUGACCCAAGCGAGAACAUCAAGUGCAUCAGCUUCCGUGCGCCCAAGAUCACUUCCGACCUGAGCAUCCGUGACAUGACAGUGAUUGCUGGUGAGGAGUUCACCAUCACCGUGCCUUUUAUUGCCUCACCACUGCCCAAGGCACAAUGGUGGAUUGGCCUCAAUGAAGUGAUUCCCGACCAACGCAUCCAGUUCCAGAUGGAGCCGUCGGGCACAGCCCACAUCUUUGUCAACAAGAAUGCCAAACGCAGCGACAUUGGCAAGUACACCGUCAAGCUCACCAAUACAGAGGGUGCUGACUCUGCUUCCUGCAAGGUCAAUGUGGUGGACCGGCCAUCACCACCUCAGGGACCACUGGAGGUGUCAGACAUCACUCCAGAGAGCUGCUCCCUGGCCUGGCGUCCUCCUCUCGACGACGGUGGUUCUCCAAUCACCAACUACCAAGUGGAGAGGCUAGAGCCACUUACAGGCAUGUGGAACAGAGUCUCUGCCUUUGUGCGCUCCUGCCACUACGACGUCAUCGGCCUCGAGCCCAACAAGUCGUACCACUUCCGCAUCAGGGCCGAGAACCAGUAUGGCGUGUCAGACCCACUGGAGACCCAAGAUGCCGUUGUUGCAAAGUUCCCAUUCACUGUGCCAGAACCUCCUGGCCGCCCCAACAUCCUGGACCACGACAUCAAUUCUGUCAUGCUCACUUGGGACCGUCCUGCUUCCGAUGGUGGCUCAAGGAUCCAGGGCUACAAGGUGGAGUAUCGCGACUUGACCGAUGCCAAUUGGACUGCCGCCAACGAUUUCAUUGUGAAGGAGACAACAUACACCGUCCACUCACUCCUUGUCAAUCACGACUACGAGUUCCGUGUCAAGGCUAAGAAUGCUGCAGGCUUCAGUAAGUACUCACCACCUAGCAAGACCAUCAAGAUGAAGGGCAAGUACAAUGUACCAGCACCACCAGGCACUCCUGUCGUCUCCAAGAUUGGCAGGAACUAUGUGGAUCUGACAUGGACUCCACCAGAGACUGACGGAGGCUCACGCGUUACUGGCUACUUGAUAGAGAGGCGUGAGAAUGGCGGCAACUGGAUAAAGUGCAAUGACUACAAUGUCAUUGACACCCACUACACUGUCCUCAAUCUCCCAGAAGGCAGUGAUGUAGAAUUCCGUGUAUAUGCCAUCAAUGCUGCCGGCAAAUCUGAACCUUCCCAAACUGCCCAGCCUGUCAAGAUACGUGAGGCAGCUCCUGGCGAGAAGCCAUUCUUCAUCAAGAACCUGCAGAACACUGCUGUGGCUCUGCACAAGUCUGUCACCUUGGAGUGCCAGGCAGAAGGCAAGCCAAUGCCCACUGCCCGCUGGCUAAGGAAUGGCCGUGAGGUGACCCUCGGUGGUCGUAUCAAGGCAGAGGAGAAGAAUGGCAAGUUCUCACUGACCAUCACUGACAUGUGGGAGGUGGAUGAAGGUGACUAUGCUUGUGUGGCAGCCAAUGAUGCUGGCCAGGCCACCUCCGUUGCCCACGUCAAGAUUGGUAAUCCUCCACGCAUCACACAGAUGCCAGAAUGCUUGUACCUGCCUGAGGGAGACAACACCAAAAUCAAGAUCUAUUUCACUGGUGACCUGCCUCUGGAUGUCACCCUUACCCAGAAUGGUGAGCCAAUCAUGGAAUCCCCUCAUCUUAAGUUCACUGUGUUUGAUGAAUUCAUCAUUAUCUUCAUUAAGGAGAUCAACAAGCAAGAUGCUGGCCAGUACACUCUCACUGUCAAGAAUGACUCAGGCUCUGUGUCUGGCAGCUUCACUGUAUACAUCACUGGUGUACCUGGAGCCCCGACUGCACCUCUUGAUAUCACAGACAUCAGCCGCCACAUGUGCACCCUCAAUUGGCGGCCACCUUCCUAUGAUGGUGGCAUGCCCGUCACUCACUACAUUGUUGAGCGUAAGGAUGUGACUUACCCCAACUGGAUCACCAUCAACUCCUUCUGUAAGGAUUGCAGCUUCACAGUGCAGGGUCUCACCGAGGGACAGGAAUACCUCUUCCGUGUCAUGGCUGUUAAUGACAAUGGCAUGGGCCCGCCUCUGACUGGUGCCAACCCCAUCAAGGCCAAGGCUCCUUAUGACCCACCAUCUCCACCUGGUGUUCCCAAGGUCACAGAAGUGGGAGGUGACUUCGUGCACUUGGAAUGGGACCGACCUGAGAAGGAUGGAGGCUCCCGCAUCAAGGGCUACUGGAUAGAGAAGCGUGAAGUUGGAUCCAACAUCUGGACAAUGGUGAACCAGUACAUCUGCCUCCCAACACAGAUCAGCGUUCCCAACCUGAUUGAGGACCGUCAGUAUGAGUUCCGUGUGUGUGCCGAGAAUGAUGCCGGCAUGUCACAGCCAUCUGUCAACUCCACUUCUGUCAGGAUCAAGGAUCCCAACGCUGCCACACCACCAGAGAUCCUCACACCAUUGCGCAAUGUGAUGGCCAUCCAGCACAGGAGCGCCCACCUCACCUGCCAGAUCACCGGCAAACCCAAACCUAACAUUUCUUGGUUCAAGGGUAUGCGUGAGCUCUGCAAUAGUGCAAAGUAUUCCAUGACUCGUGAUGGAGACACCUAUACCCUGACAGUGCACGAUGUGUAUGGAGAGGAUGAAGAUGAGUACAUGUGUCGUGCCCAGAAUCCUGGCGGUAUCAGGAGCACCAAGGCUGAAAUCUCCAUCAAGCUGGCUCCCAAGAUCAACGUUCCUCCAAGGUUCCGCGACACUGCCUUCUUCGACAAGGGUGAGAAUGCAGUCAUCAAGAUUCCCUUCAUUGGCAACCCCAGGCCCAAGAUUACCUGGACCAUGGAGGGUGAGACCAUUGAGUCUGGCAGCCACUAUGCAGUUGAAACUCAGCAGCGGCACGCCAUUCUCACAAUCAGGGAUGUCACCAACCUGGACACUGGCAACUACAGACUCACUGCAGAGAAUGAGUUGGGCUCAGACUCUGCCAUCAUCAAAAUCCAGAUCUCAGACCGGCCAGAUCCACCACGCUUCCCCAAGGUGGAGAGUGUCAUGGGCAAGGAGUGUGUGCUCAGCUGGCAGGUGCCUGCUUGGGACGGCGGCGCCAACAUCAAUAACUACAUUAUUGAGAAGCGUGAGCUGCCCAUGGAGUCAUGGAUUAAGUGUGCCAACACUCGCCUCACCACUGCACAGAUCAAGGGCUUGAGUCCAGGACACAAGUACCAGUUCCGCAUCUAUGCCGAAAAUGUGUAUGGUCGUUCAGACCCAUCACAGGUGACCAGCAUUGUGGAGACACCAGCACCAACAACCAAGAAACACAAGAAGAAGGUGUACGAGCUGGAUGAGACCGGCAAAAAGAUUCGAGGCAGGAAGGAAUCCGUUGACGACUAUGACAGGUUUGUGUUUGAUGUGUACUCCAAGUACGUGCCACAGCCCGUGGACAUCAAGCACGACUCUGUGUACGAAUACUACGACAUCCUGGAAGAGAUUGGCACUGGCGCCUUUGGAGUGGUGCACCGCUGCCGUGAACGCAAGACUGGCAACAUCUUUGCUGCAAAGUUCAUUCCUGUGGCCUCCGCCAUGGAGAAGGAGCUGAUCCGUAAGGAGAUUGACAUCAUGAACCACCUGCACCAUCCUAAGCUGAUCAACCUCCAUGAUGCUUUUGAGGAUGAUGAUGAAAUGGUUCUCAUCUUUGAAUUCUUAUCUGGAGGAGAACUGUUUGAGAGGAUAACUGCCGAAGGUUACACCAUGUCUGAGGCUGAGGUGAUCAACUACAUGCGACAGAUCUGUGAAGGCGUGAAGCACAUGCAUGAAAAGAACAUUAUCCACUUGGACGUGAAGCCUGAGAACAUCAUGUGUCAGACCAAGAAUUCAACCAAUGUGAAGCUGAUCGACUUUGGACUAGCCACCAAGCUGGACCCCAACGAGGUGGUCAAGAUUUCCACCGGCACUGCAGAGUUUGCAGCACCAGAGAUUGUAGAAAGAGAGCCUGUUGGCUUUUACACAGACAUGUGGGCCGUGGGUGUGCUUGCUUAUGUUCUCCUUAGCGGCCUUUCACCUUUCGCUGGAGACAAUGACAUUGAGACGCUGAAGAACGUGAAGGCUUGUGAUUGGGACUUCGAUGAUGAAGCCUUUAAGAAUGUGUCCAAUGAAGCCAAGGACUUCAUCCGCCACCUCCUUAUAAAAAAUAAGGAGAAGCGCAUGACCGCCCACGAGUGUCUGAUGCAUUCCUGGCUAAGAGGCGACUACUCCCCGCGUCUGGAGCCCAUUGAUAUGAUGCGAUACAUUCCCAUCCGUGACAAGAUCCGUGCCAAGUACAAGGAGUGGGAGAAGUUCCUGCUUCCCAUCGGUCGCCUGGCAGAGUAUUCCUCACUCAGGAAACUCCAGCGAGAAAAGUACAGAAUACAUGACACACACUUCGACCGUCUGCAAUGUGCGCCGAGGUUCGUGAUCAGACCUCAGAAUGCCUUCACAUACGAGGGACAGAGCGUCAAGUUCAACUGUCGCAUUGUGGCAGUGGCAGCACCAACAGUCUGCUGGUUCCACAACAACAUGGAGCUGCGCCAGUCUGUCAAGUACAUGAAGAGGUACUCUGGAGAGGACUACUCCUUCGUCAUCAACCGUGCCAAGUUGGAUGACCGCGGCGAGUACAUAAUCCGUGCCGAGAACCACUAUGGGGCCAGAGAGGAGCCUGUCUUCCUUAAUGUUCAGCCUCUUCCACCUGAGAUCCCUCAGUACAGGCCACAAGAACAGAUUGUGCGUCGCCGCCAGCCACUCUCUUAUAAGUUGUGGCAGGAAGAGAGCGAGAGUGCACCAAGCUUCACCUUCCUCCUUCGUCCUCGUGUCAUCCAGUGCCACCAGACCUGCAAGCUGCUCUGCUGUCUCUCUGGCAAACCAGUGCCUACUGUCAAGUGGUUCAAGGGUAACCAGGAACUGUCCAAAUUUGAGUAUUCUAUGAAUCAUGCUGACGGUGUGGUUGCCAUAGAGAUCGUCAACUGCAGACCUGAGGACUCUGGAAAGUACAAGUGCGUUGCCACCAACACCCACGGCCAAGAUGAGACUUCUUGUGUGGUGAUUGUUGAAGGCACCGGUGACCGAACAGCAGAACAGACAUCUCUGAUGAAAAAUCUGAAAUACACAGACCGAAGGUAUCUUGAGACCACCAUCAAGGACCUGCCAGCACCUCCCACGCCAGCUGUCAAAGUAGACCCUGCUCCUUUCAAAAAGACAACAAAGGCUGCCCCUGCUCCUGCUGCUGCCCCAAGCAAGACUGAAGACACUGGAAAGAGGACACUGAAGCCUUAUGGCAAGAGGCAAGACUCUACUGGCAGCACUUCCAGGUCUCGCUCAGCAACUAAGGAACUAGAAUUGCCACCUGAUGAUUCCCUCAUGGGUCCUCCUGGGUUCUCUGGAGAGCUUCCACCCAACCUCUCUAUCAAGGAUGGAGAAAUGUUGUGCCUGAAGUGCACCGUCAAGGGUGACCCAGAGCCACAGGUGUCGUGGUUCAAGGACGGCGAAUCCAUUAGUUCCUCAGACAUCAUUGAUCUCAAGUAUCGUCAGGGCCUGGCAUCUCUCACCAUCAAUGAAGUAUUCCCAGAGGAUGAAGGCAUAUACUGCUGCAAGGCUACCAAUUCCUUAGGCACUGCUGAGACUAAGUGUGCUCUUAAGAUCAUGCCCAUGGAGCAGCAGAUGAAUGGAAAGGGUGGUAAGGGCGACAAGUUACCAAGAAUCACUGACCACCUUAAGUCUAGUGAGGUACAAGAUGGCACCUCACACACCCUCUCUUGCAAAAUCGGUGGUGCCUCCAAAUUUGACGUGGUCUGGCUACACAAUGAGAAGGAAAUCAAGCCUUCCAAGGACUUCCAGUAUGUGACGGAAGGCGACAAGUACUUGCUCAAGAUUGCUGAGGUGUUCCCAGAGGAUGCGGGAACAUACACCUGCGAGGCGUUUAACGACAUCGGUGAAACAUUCAGCUCGUGCACACUCACUGUUAUAAUACCGGGAGAAGACAAGAAACAGCCAGCAUUCAAGAAGUACCCACGCUCCCAGACAGUGAUGGAAGGCAAGGUUGCAAGCUUCCCUGUCAAGUUUGAGAAGGAGCCUCAAAAGGUUUCCUGGUUGAAGGAUGGAAAGCCUGUGGAUGAGACCUCUCCACGCUACAAGUUCUUGCAGGAGAGCAAGAAGGAGUUUGUCUUUGAGAUUCCUAACUGCCUCCCAACAGACGUAGGACAGUAUAUUGUGAAGGCAACAUCCAAAAAGGGCGAAACCACAGCUUCCUUCUCCCUUAAUGUGCACUCUGCCGAUGAACUGUGAACCACCUACCCUCCUCACUAAGGCAUUGAUUGGACCACAUGGCCGCCAAUGUCACGUGAAUCUCGUGAGUCACGAGAGCACGUGACUGACGAACUCCAUGGCCCCUCAGUAAGCCCAGGCUGACUGUGGUGGCCUACAAGCAAGCAUUUUCACCGCGUUAUAGUACUGUGUGCAUGUUCGCUUUUGUGCUACAUGUAUAUUUCCCGUGAGAUUAUUAUUUAUCAUCACUACUAUAAUUAAAACAGUUAUUAGUGAUAGGAAACUUGUUGGAUGGGGAAACAUGUCCAAGGAGAGAAAGACAACAUUAACACCAUAUCAGAGUUUUGUGCACACAAUGUGACUAGAUGUACGUAUUCAGUUUUCAAUCCCGUUCACACACACGCACACACACAUAAAGCACAAUCCCAGCACACUACUCGUUUCAGAUCUUUUUGGAACCUCCCCUACUCCUUUUCAAUCCUACUAGUGAUGUUUUGUCCCCUGUUUACCCCUCGUUUUGUUUUGUUUCAAUCCUCUAACAACAGGGAGAUAGUAACCCACUCUUGUAUGGGUUGGAAUUGCACCACAACUCAUAUGAUGGUGGAUUGGAUCUCCUUAACCAUCUAAGCCUCUCAUUCUGUCUCAUCGCCUCUUUCUCUCUUUACAAAUUUCCCGCCAUGUUCUCUCGUCGUUGUACGUUCGUCAGCCUGAGCACCAAUCACAUAGGCCCUCACCCUGCUACCCAUGCCACGUUACAUCCCAAGAGCCAAUUAGGAGUUCUGACGUUUGUAACUUAACCAAUGGCUGUGCUCAGAUACAGUGACGGAUACGCCUCAGUAACCAAUCAGAGGGUGUGGCUGGUGUGGGUAGUGGAGGAAAGGUAGAUCAAGACGCUAACUGUACGAGAAUUGCCAUUGUAACGUGUAUAAGGCUUUUACGCGAGAAAUAUAUGUGAAUUUUAUUA